CCUUUCCUUUCACCUCUUGCAGAGGAACAGGCAGAAAGCUGCAGCAACGUCCCACUCCUCUCUGCAUCACCACAGAUCUGCACAACGGCAACAAUCAAUAAAAACUCUGAAGAGCUUUUUUUCCCCCCACCCAACAUUUUUUAAACCAGAAUCUUGUGUCAGAUUUUUCUUUGUGGUUCUUCUCCCCCCCCACCACCCCCACCCAGCUGUGUCUGGAUCUUUUUCCUCCGGCAGCAGAGACACGAUGAACAUCAGCCUGCAGCUCCCUGUAGACUAGCCCAGAGAGCGCCGUGCCUUCAACUUUUCUUCAACCCUUCUCUUCAUCUUCUCCGUCUCAUGGCGACCAGCAGCAACAUGGAGGAGUCCCAGCAGCCCCCUGUGACCUUCCAACCGGCCAGCGCGACAACGCACGCUCAGGACGGCAAUCAAACGGAUGACAUGGAGCACCUCACUGUGAUCAGCGACAACGUGGAGAGUAAUGGCGUGGGUCCUGUGCGGGUGGACUCGUCUCCCACGGUGUCCUCCGUGUCGCCCAAGCUUCACGCCCAGCCGGGUGGCCACGCUAACGGCCGGCCCGGUCUGAGCAGCCGGUCCGGCUCGAUGGCGGCGGGCUCCCCCAGGCCCUCGCUCACCCGCCGGCCCAGCGCUAUCACGGAGGCUGUGGACGGGUCCAAGCCCAGAGACUACCUGAUCCUGGCCAUCCUGUCCUGCUUCUGCCCGCUGUGGCCCAUCAACAUUGUAGCCCUUGUCUUCUCUGUCAUGUCCCGGAACAGUCUGCAGCAGGGCAACGUGGACGGAGCUCGGCGUCUGGGCCGUAAUGCCAUGGUCCUGUCCGUCGUCUCCAUCCUGGGAGGGAUCGUCAUCAUCGCCGCCGGCAUCGCCCUCAACUGGGGACUGAUUUUAAAAUCCUGAUUUAAAAAAAAUCGUCUGGAGCGGCGACUUCACGGACUUCCCGACCGACUUCCCGACCGACUUCCUGACCGACACAACCCCCCCCCUUCCAGACUCCCUGAAGCACCAUCGUUUCUCAAAGCGCCUGCUGCACCGGAUGAAAAACACAAUCUGUUCCUGUCCUUUUUGCUGUUGUUUCUCGCUGCACGCCGAGCAUGGAUCCGCCCUGACGCUCUACCUCCGACACGACCGACACACCCCUCACCCCUCGACUCACACGGAGGAGAAGAGGAUGGAUCGCACGACGCUCGUUUUCAUUCACUCUAUCUCCUCUCAACCACGAACAAGUCCCGUCACGGAAGUGUGACAUAUCCGCCUCUACGGAAAUGGGAUUAUUCGGGCCAGUGGCGGUGCAAACAUUUCACCGUUUCGAUGCCAAAUGAUUAGAAACUUUGGUGUUUCAGCUGAACUGAGAAGUGGGCGAUGUUGCAAAUGGCUCAACACGGAGACAAACUGUGAGAGUCUCUGUACUGUGAGAAUGACUUGUAUCUUCAUCUUCCAGCUGUUCCUGUCGGUGUUUUUUGGCAAAACACACACGACGCUGCUGCUGCUGCUGCUGCUGCUGGAGUCCUGACGUCACUUCUUAUCGAGCUGCUCUUAACUAACCAGGGGUGUGAAUCUCACGUUUAUCACGAUACGAUUCUAUGGACGAUAUGAUAUUUGCGGAUAUUACAAUUGCUCUGUUGGAAACCGUUCCCUAUCGCAGAAAUAGUACACAAACACACACACACACACACGCAAACAUACACACACACAUAAAAACACAGACAGACCCACACACUCACACACACACUCUCACACAGUGUAAUAAACACUGUAUAGGGAAUAGGGAGUUAAUGAGGGAACGAUUUCAAACACAGCUAAGUCUACCACGAUACCAUUUCAAUUCAGCGGCCUCGACCAAUACGAGACGAUAUAUAUAAGCACAUUUCACACAAUCCGUUACCUUUUUAUAUAUAUAUAUACACACACAUAUAUAUACUUACAGAAAAAACGAAAAUAUGAUUUGACAAUUUCAUUACUUAGCUCUUCCAGACAUUCAAAUUAAAAACAAACUACCCUUUUUAUUAAAAGAAUGUAUAUAAAAAGUGGGACUUUCAAAAUAAUGAUGACGGUACGUCUUGAUAUUCUCACUUUGUAUCGACGAUAUUGGAUUGUUGGGGAUUGAAACGAUGUAUGGUUUACACCCCUACUCCAAAAAUCAUUGCAUGCACGUCGUUCAAGUCUGUACUUAAUCAUUUACUGACAUCAGCGCCCACGUAUGAUGUUCACACUUUCAUUUAUAAUAGCCAGCGUUGGUUGUUGCCAAUACAACCCCGAAACUAAUGUUGUCACACGACUUCUGCAUUUGGUGAAGUAUGGUUUGUAAUCUCUGCUGUCUGGAAAAACGUCCAUGGCGUUCGGUCUUCUCCGUCUGAACUUACCGAGCACACACUCAAGGACUCGCUUGCGGUCUCUCCUGGCAAAACGCGACGUUUUUCGCCACCGUGAACAUCGAAAGGGUUUAUGGGAAAAUGGCGUUUGUUCGUCUGCUUAAAUUAUUGGAAUAUUUGAUCCAAACGCGUGAAGGCAGCCACACAACUGGCUCCGUUUUAAAGUUAUUAGUCACUUCAGCUCUCAAUAACUCGAUAGGCUCAUUGGCUCGUUGGGCAUAACGUUUGUUAAAAAAGAAAUAUUAUGAUGAUGUUAUAUUUUGGGUUUCAAGACGCUGAUCGUUUAAUCACAACAUCUCCAACUCUGGUGCGCUCUUCUCUCCGAUUAUCUCCAGUAUUUCUACACCAUAGUAUUACUACCUAUUUCUUGACUAAGAGACCUGAAUACUUCCUCCACCGCUGACUGUGAGCAGCCCCUCGUUACUUCGACACUGUACCAUAAAUUGAUGCAGAAAAGGCAAAAAUUGCUGUAUGUUCAAAAUGUCAAGUCUGUUCAAAAGUGGAAAUCUCAAACCCAAUGUUGAACCCAAAGUUACGCCCUUGCUACCCGUCAAGCAUUAUUAUGAAGGUGUGUGUGAUGAAGCAGCACAGAGUUAAGCUUUUAUGAUGGCUUUUAUCGUUUAAUUAACAAACCUAAAAUCUGGGUUGUUCUUGUUGUUGAAGGGCCAUAAAACACGUGACAUAAACAUAAAAAAGAACAUGGCAAUAUGAAGCUAUAAAACUCACCGGGACAAGCUUAUUUGGACUAGGAUGAUUUAACAGCUUUUAUACAUAAAACGCCCUUGUCCAGUCAGCGUUUUGUCAGCUGUCAGAGCCUCAGUGCCAAACGCCCGAGUGUGGAGCCGAACCUGCAGGAACAGCCUCUCUCUUCUUUAACCGUGUGUGGAAACAAACUGUUUCCCAAGGUGGGAACUUUGAGGAACGUAAAGCUGUUAUCCUCUCUAAACUAAAAACUCCUCUCUUAUAACCUGUGCAUGUUUACAGUAUUUAUUACACAAUGCUUUCACAAAAAGAAUGUAGCCUCAUUUAGCCAUAGAGCUAACUGAGUAGCACUUUGUAAAUAUAUAAUAUUGGAUAUUGUAACAUGUCCGCCUGCUAAAAGACAUUUUUUUCUCACUUAGUCAUGGAGCACAUUGGUGUUUUUAGAGACGACGUCGCUGCUGUGAAGAUCAAAACCGAGCGAAACGCCCCAACAAAUCAGAGGAACUUCCUGUCUCUGUGUCCACCGUCACGCCUCUUUAGAGUUGUGUUCACACUCAGCGUCUUAAAAAAGUUAACUAGGGCACUUAAAAACAGAGGUACGGGACAAGAAAACGUCUGUACUUACAGGUACACUCUUUCAGUCUUGUAUAAAAAAAUAGAAUGUCAGUUGCAUUUUAAAGUGCAGCCCUAGUGUAAAUAUCUAAUGUUAACAACAGAAAAUAUUAAUAAAUUACACAAAUAUAACUUCUCAUCCAUCCACACAACGUUUACUACACUUUCAAACGAGGCCACGCCCAUUUGGGAGACAGGAAGUGUGGACCGUUUCAUACCAUUGGCGCUGCUUGUAAUGCGCUAUCUCUAACUAUAGAGAGGCGAUGUCCCUCCCCCUAUGGUGGACCCCUAGUGAACGGGGAGAGAUAAACAGUCUUUCAAUCCCGUUUGAAUGGAGCCAUGGAUUACACAUCUGAUGUUUGUCAGUUUAGAGGAUAAUUUAGCGAGGGAACAAAGUCUCUGUGGUAAAACUGUUGAAGUAUCAGAAUGUGAAAAUGCGUCAUUAGUAAGACCCGUCAGCCCAAAGUGUCUAAGAGUUGUCUCUCUGAAGCUACGAUGUCUAUCUCUCGCCCGAGACACAAACCCCGCUCCCCUGUGUUUGUCUGCCUCAGUGCUAAGCUAGCUAGCCAGCGAGCGAUGGUGACUAAACGGUACAUACAA